AAUGGAGAAGCAGAAUUUCCUCAGGGCUGUGGAAAUCCUGAGUGAUGCUGUGCGUACCAACGGGAAUGGCAAUAUGAACGAUUAUUAUCCCAAAGCUACCCUGGCCAAGAAAAUUGAGAUGUUAAUCCUGGAAGAAUCCACUGAGACUCUGGAGAGCAGCGUGCGCCAGCAGGCCAUGCUGUGUGUCGUGGCUUUAAGCCAGCUGAAUCCACCAUUCUACUUACCUGAGAUGUUGGACCUGGUCAGCGUAGGCAUCUCCAGUACAUUCUCUCUGCCAUUCAUCAUGCCCAGUCCUGACCGAAGGGACAGCGCUAGUCUCUACCUUCAGACGAUCCAGGCUUUAGACGACAUGUUACAAGCUCUUGUGAUGGAUGAUAUGGAUCCUGACAUGCUCAUACUGGAAAAGUUCCUGGAAAUCAUCUUGCCUUGGUUGACACAAUCAGACAAAGUGCACGAGCAGGUCCGGGCCUUGGGCACCAUUUCCCGGUUGCUGAGGUUCAUUUGCAAUUUCCUUACACUGUUGCACAUGGAGGUAUUCUCCAUGAAUGGGAAGCUGAUGGGCAUCUUGAGCCUCUACUGCAUGAGCUCGAACCACGAGAUCAGACUGGGGGCAUCAGAGGCUUUGAAUUACUGGUCCAAAAUCCUUGUGCUUCAGAGAAGUGUGAGACAGAAGACAGUGUUCAUCCUGAGGAACCUGCAGAAGCACUUCCGUGGGGAAUGGUUUGCCAGCCUGCAGAACAUCACACUGAUCUUCAGGAAAUACCUGACCCCCAUGGAGAGGGCCGAUAUGAUCCUGGUGACCAUGGAGGGCAUGACCAGCAGCAAUCGGAAUGACGUCUACGCAGCCUCCAAAGUGUUAGAAACGAUCCUGAAGUACCCUAUUCCAGAAAUUGGGAAGGUGCCAGAAAUCAUUCAAUACAUUUACUUCCAUGUGAACAAUGUCACUGAGGCCACUGCCCAGAGCAUCAUAAGCAAGAUCCUUCAUCUCUUGUCCCAGACCUACACUGAUGAAGUGAUCCUGACACUGUUUAAGAUAGAAGACCAGUCACAAACAGAGGUGUGCAAACCCUGGGAGAUCCUGGCAUCCUUUCCGGAAGACUGUGAAGUCAUCAUGAAGCACCUGCUGCAGAGACUGGUCCCACUGCAGGCACCGCAGGACCAGGAGCGCAGCCAGAGAACAGAGAUCUCCCCGCUGAUUGCUACCAGGGCCAUCCAUGAGCUUCUGCUGAAGUCAAAUCAGCAGAUGGAGGUGCAGACCUUCUUCUCCCCUCUGUUUAUCACGCUGCUUUUCCAGACCUCCUUUCUCAUGGUGGAAGGGAAUACUGAAAUGAUCCAGGAUCACCGGCACAUAACAGAAUGGGUGGACCCUGUCAGUUCUACUGUGGGGGCCCUGAAGACCUUGAUGCACAGAUCUGGGUAUGGGGACUCAGAGUCUGAAAUCGAGAAGCUUGGGGGCUGGGAGCUUCUUAUUAAUCCUGAAAAACAUUAUGAUGGAGUCACUCUGCUGGCCAGGUCCUUGGUUACAAAGAACUGCUGGCACAACCGCCCCAUGUUUGGUCUCCUCAUAAAGAUGCUCCAGGACCCCAACUGUGCCAAUCACCUCACAGCCCUGGUGUUCUUGAUGGAGCUGCUCCAGUGCCCAGAUGUGGCAGCCUUAGUGAACGACUUCAUCACCAGCAUUCUGGCCAACUGGUUCAACUGUACGGAGCCAGCCACAGUGAAACUUCUGCUACAGAUGACACGGGUCUUCACAAAGCACAAGAACCUGGAGAAGAGACUCCAAAUCCUGCAGCCUCAAAUACUGAACUGCUGCUACUCUUCCAAUGGCGACAUUGUGAUGGAGACUUUCUUGGUACUGAAGCACCUUCUGGAGAAUCUCACCUGGAAGAACUCCUCUUCCUUCCUUAUUCAUCUUGCCUUCAAGCUAGAGCCCUUCUUUGAGGAGGAGUCCGAGCACCUGCGCUUGCUGGCCUUCCAGAUCUACAGCCAUCUCCUGGUCAAGGUCAAGAGGAGUGUGCUUGUCUUCCCCUUAAAGCACCAGAUCUUCAACAUGAUAGUCUGCCUGGUGCUUCACCUGCAGGAUGUGAAUUCAGAUGUGGCUCAGACCUGCCGGAUCACACUCUGCAACACAGCUUCCCUACUGCGCUGGUCAAAGCUGAGCAAAGUCUUUGCCAAGGAAGAUGUAUUUAUCAUCGUGAGGGUCCUGCUGCAGCAAGAGACAAACAAAGCACUCUGGUUCCUGAAGCAGUGCGUAGCUUUGUUCAAGAGCACCCAGGUCCCCAUUCGCCAGGCAGCGGUGUGGUUUGCAGGCCAGAUCCUCCAAAUUCUGGACUUGGAAGAGAUGAAUGGAGUUGAGGAGGCUUGUGCAGCCCUGAGACACAUGGAGACCGACCCUGAUCCCAUGGUCAGGUGCCUUGCUGUGCAGACUAUCUACGUCCUGCAAGCCAAGGAGCAGCUGUUGCUGGCUGACCGCUCCACUUCCUGCUUCUGCUGGAGGAGGUCCAAAAGGGGCUACUUUUGAGCCUGCACCCUUGGAUUGACACUGAAGGCCUG